GUUUUUCUUAAUUCCCCCCUUAAGGUCUAAGCAGAAUAUUAAAAAAAAAAGUAAUAAAAAUAAAUUAAUAAGUUUUGUAAAAAAAUGCAAACAUUUUGUGCAGAAUUUGCUGGUAUAAAAACACAAAUAUUUUCACAUCUUUAUGUAGUAACAAACUGAAAAUUGAAAAUAAAACAACACAAAUAUGGCAAAAUUAUUUAUUAUUGUUCUUUUCGCUUUAAUCGCCGUUGCUUUGGCUCAACACGGUUAUGGUGCCGGUGGCCAUGGCCAACAAGGCUAUGGUAGCCAACAUAGCAGUCAUGCUCCCCAAGGUGGACAUGUUGGCCGUGAACAAGGUUUUAGUGGUCAUGUUCAUGAACAACAGGCUGGGCAUCAUCAUGAAGCUGGCCAUCAUGAGCAAGCUGGUCAUCAUGAACAAUCUGGUCAACAAGUUCAUGGUCAAGGUCAUGGUUAUAAAAGUCAUGGUUAUUAAGUAUAUUCGAAAUAACAAUUUAACCACAAAAGUAAAUAAAAAGAAAUUCGCUUAAAGCCAAAUUUUUAUAUACAAAUU